ACCUUCCUUAUUUGGGAGAUCAACAUGCGGAAUGAUGCAUGCUCGUCGCCGAAUUACCUGUGCAAAUAAAAUGUGCAUUAUUUGCACUGAACACUAUAACAACAGUUUAAUCCGUGGUUAGGUGUUUUCUUUGCAUUUGGAAAUCCUUGAAACGCAAUGUACAGGCAAUUCAAUGCAACGAAUAUCGUUCGUGCCGUUAGGACACCUUUGGGAAAGUGGAAAUGUGCUGGGAUACAGGCGAUUGUGUGUCAAUCGCGUACGUCAAGCUUUUCCAAAAUCGAUGAGUUGUUAGUUCAAACAGAUGAUUUUGUUCCCCGACAUAUCGGUGUAGAUGCUAAAUCUGAGCAGGAAAUGGCUAACUUCUUAGGAUUAGAGAACAUCCAUGAUUUGGUUGAUAAAACUGUGCCAUCUGACAUACGUUUUGAGAGGGAACUGCAAAUUCCAGCCAGUAAAGGGGAACAUGAUCUACAUAAACUUUUGGCUCAUAUAGCAAGUAAAAAUGAGUUAUGGAGAUCAUACAUCGGCCUUGGUUAUUAUAACUGUUUCAUACCACCACCUAUUUUGCGAUGCUGUUUGGAAAAUCCUGGCUGGUACACACAAUAUACACCAUAUCAACCUGAGAUAGCUCAAGGUCGAUUAGAGAGCUUGUUAAACUUUCAAACGAUGGUGUGCAAUCUUACUGGACUGGAUGUUGCCAAUGCUUCAUUGUUAGAUGAAGCUACAGCUGGCGCAGAGGCUGUUGGUAUUUGUUACAGGUUUAACAAAAAGAAGAAGUUUUAUGUCGACGAGAACUUACAUCCGCAAACCAUUGCGUUAAUUAAAACCCGAGGAAGCACACUGGGACCGAAUGGUGAAGGCUUAGAAAUAAUAGUGACAGGAAAAGAAAGCUUUGAUUUUUCAAACAAAGAUGUCAGUGGAGUAAUCAUUCAAUAUCCUGAUACAAACGGCAGUAUCUUUGACUAUACCGACAUCACGGAAAGAGCUCAUCAUGCUAAAGCUUUGGUUGCGUGCGCUACAGACCUGCUUGCUCUUACAGUAAUCAAACCUCCAGGUGAAUUUGGAGCUGAUAUUGCGUUUGGUAACAGCCAAAGAUUUGGUGUACCGUUAGGCUACGGAGGACCACAUGCUGCCUUUUUUGCCAUUCGAAACAUCGGAAAUUUACCAAGAUCUUUGCCCGGACGUCUUGUCGGUGUGACAAGGGACAAGUUGGGAAAUAUUUGCUACAGACUUGCUCUACAAACACGAGAACAACACAUACGGAAAGAUAAAGCGACGAGUAAUAUCUGCACCGCUCAGGCAUUGCUUGCAAAUCUUGCAUCACUAUUCACUGUUUACCAUGGGCCGACUGGUCUGAAAAAUAUUGCAACAAGAGUACACAACGCUACUCUCUUAUUAGCUGAAGGAAUUGUUCGUGCUGGUCAUGAAAUUCAGAAAGAUUGCUUCUUUGAUACCAUCAAGGUGAAAUGUACAAAUACCUCUGCCGACGAAGUUAUGAAGAAAGCUGCUGCAUAUAAAAUAAACCUUCGAAAGUUGGACAGCGACCAUGUUGCUGUAUCAAUGGACGAGACAGUGGAAGAAAAGGAUUUAAAUGAUCUCUUGUCAGUAUUUGGGUGCAAAGAAAGUUUGGACACUUUGGCGAACGAUCAACUCAAUGAAGCCUCUGGCAGAAGUUUAAUGUCGAGCGCUCAUAAGCGUGAAAGCAGUUAUCUAGAACACCCUGUUUUUAAUACUUAUCACUCGGAAACGCAGAUAAUGAGAUAUAUGAAAUAUUUGGAGAAGAAAGACCUUUCCCUCGUUCAUUCUAUGAUUCCAUUGGGCUCCUGUACCAUGAAAUUGAAUGCUGCUUCCGAAUUGAAGGCUAUAAGUUGGCCAGAGUUUGCCAACAUACAUCCAUUUGUACCAAUUGAGCAAGUUGACGGAUAUACACAAAUGAUCAAAGAGUUGGAACAAGAUCUUUGCGAGAUCACCGGAUUUGAUGCAAUUAGCUUCCAGCCAAACAGUGGCGCCCAGGGUGAGUACGCAGGAUUGAUGGCCAUCAAAGCUUACCACGAAAGUAAGGGGGAGUCGCACAGAAAGGUUUGUCUUGUUCCAAAGUCUGCUCAUGGAACUAAUCCAGCUAGUGCGCAAAUGGCCGGCUUUAAGAUUGUUUUCAUCGACAUUGGGAAAAACGGUGAAAUAAGCAUGAAUCAUUUACUGGAGGAAGUUGAGAAACACAAACAAAACCUUGGUGCUGUAAUGAUCACAUAUCCCUCGACUAACGGAGUUUUUGACGAAGGCGUACGGGAUGUUCUAGCUCUUAUUCACGAAAAUGGAGGGCAAGUGUAUCUUGAUGGAGCAAACAUGAAUGCACAGGUGGGUCUGUGCCGUCCUGGCGAUUAUGGCGCGGAUGUUUCUCAUUUAAAUUUACACAAAACAUUUUCAAUUCCUCAUGGUGGCGGGGGACCUGGUGUGGGACCCAUAGGAGUAAAGAAACAUUUGAUCCCGUUUCUUCCCACACAUCCUAUUGUGCCUCCGAUGGGAACAAAUGAUGCCACGAGCUUGGGAACUAUUUCUGCAGCUCCGUAUGGUUCACCUGGAAUACUUCCCAUCUCCUAUGCCUACAUCAAAAUGAUGGGCGGCAAAGGUCUUGCUCAUGCGUCGAAGGUGGCAAUCCUUAACGCCAACUAUAUGGCUGCACGACUGAAGGAUUACUAUUCCAUUCGAUUUGUUGGUAAAAACGGUUAUUGUGCACAUGAAUUCAUACUGGACGUAAAGUCGUUCAAAGCAUCUGCUAAUAUUGAAGAUAUUGAUAUAGCAAAACGCCUUAUGGACUACGGCUUUCAUGCGCCAACGAUGUCAUGGCCAGUGGCUAGUAGUCUCAUGAUUGAACCGACUGAGAGUGAAGAUAAAGCGGAGCUAGAUAGAUUCUGUGAUUCUCUUAUAAAAAUACGGCAAGAGAUUAGAGACAUUGAAGAAGGGCGACUGGAUGACAAGGAUAAUCCAUUAAAGAAUGCUCCCCAUACUCAACUUGUUCUAACUGCUGAAAAGUGGGAUAAAUCAUAUUCGCGUAAGCAAGCUGUUUACCCUGCUCCCUGGAUAAAUAGUACAAACAAAUUUUGGCCAACUGUAUCUCGGGUGGACGAUAAGCAUGGGGAUACACAUUUGAUGUGCUCUUGUCCACCUCUUGAGAGCUAUGAAGACGACUUAGACGAGUGACUUUCGCGAAGCCAUGUAUAUCAACGUCUUAACAACAAGCCAGAUGAAAGUCUAAGCUUCGGCCUUUGGGAUAGUUGUGGCCUGGGCGAAUAAAAGAUACCUUUAGAAAUAAUUUCAGAAACAUUAUUUAUGAUCACUGGAUUUAAGUAGAAAUUCCCAGUUCACUUCCUAUUCAUUCAAAUACUUCGUACCAUUCGAGAGUAUUUUUUACAUUUAAAAAUAAAUUCCAUCGCUAAAAA